AUGAUGGGGCUGAUCAUCGUGGCCAAUGCCGUCACAGUUGGCUACGAGAUCCAGGCAUCUCUCACCCAGAUCGACGCCGGGAUGUACUGGUUCUGGCUUGACUUUGCCUUUGUAGUUGUCUACCUCAUCGAGCUGGUCAUGCGACUGCUGGCGUGGGGGCGAAAAUGCUUCAAGGACGGCUGGUGCAUCCUCGACAUGAUCCUCGUCUCCAUAGGGCUCAUGAGCCUCAUCACCGAGCGCAUCGGUGAGAAAGUCCAGGAGCUGGAGUCGAUGAUGGUCGUGCGCUCCCUGCGACUGCUGCGACUCAUUCGGGCUCUACGUCUGCUAAAGCAGUUCCGCACCGUUUGGAGACUUGUGAACGGUCUGCUGACGUCCGCAAACGCCAUGCUGUCCACCCUGGUGCUGGUUGUGCUGUCCCUCUACAUUGCAGCCUGCCUGGGCAUCGAGAUCAUCACCAAAGACUCGCAUCUGACCUCCGGAGCUGAGACAGCACCCAUUGUGAGCCAGUACUUUGGUGAUUUGCCCAGCACCCUGCUCACAUUGACUGCUUUUGUGACGCUCGACUCCAUUGCACCGAUCUACUCGCCACUUAUAGCCAGGAAGCCGGAACUCGCCGGGUACUUCUUCUUCAUCGUCCUCUUUGUGUCCAUCGCCCUGAUGAAUCUGGUUACGGCUGUACUGGUGGAGGGUGCCUUAGCCAAUGCCUCGGCAGACAAGGAGAUGGAACGUAUGGACCUGAGAGAGAAGCUGCGUAGCGAGAUGCCGAGGCUCUCGCAGAUCUUUGAUGACAUCGACAAGGAUGGAUCUGGGAGUCUCACAAUGGAGGAGAUGGCGAUGGUGCCAGUGGACAUCAUUCCGGAGGAGCUGCGUUCCAAGAGCCGUGUCACCUCCAUGCAGGAAGUGUUCGAAAUGCUUGAUGUGGAUGGCGGCGGCGAACUGACCCGCGAGGAGUUUGUUGACGGUCUCCUCAAUAUCUUCAUGCACGAUGACCCCGCCACCUCCGUGCAGACGCUUCGGCUGCUCCGCAAGGUGGACAUGAAGGUCAUGCACCUCACGCAAGACUUCCACGAAGCCUUGGGCUGGAAACGGAAGUCGUUCAGGGGUGCCACUUGA